GUAACCCUGAAACUGAAGUUUUGCAUUGUUACCGCGUGAGUCUUCAUUGUCAAUUCGGAGUUCAUCGUUCACCCUUCGCCCGUUACUCCUAAUUGUACAUACGAAAAACACCGAUGUAGCCGCUCUCACAGACUUCUCUGCUGACAUUAAAAAAAAUUUGCUGCUGCCACAAAGAGUGUGAAUCCAUGGAUAUCGUGUAUAUAUGUAUUGUGAGUGCAUACGUGAUAAAGUAAACUAGGUUUGGGAGUGAGUUUUGAUAUGAUCGCUCGCUCUCUCUGUCGUAUAAACAUUAUGGAUGAUAGACGAAAUAACCGCGAAAUGGUGACGGUAUUAUUUCUAUGCCUGUUGUGGUAUGUGAUAUCUAGCAGCAGCAAUGUUGUCGGUAAGAUGCUGUUGUCCGAAUUCCCGUAUCCGCUCACCGUCACCAUGGUCCAGUUAACCUCGAUCACUCUUUAUUCCGGCCCAUUCUUUAAUCUUUGGGGCGUGAGACGAUAUUCGUCCAACAUAACGUGGAGUUAUUAUUUACGGCUCAUCGUACCUUUAGCCUUAGGCAAAUUCCUCGCAAACGUGUUCAGCCACGUCAGCAUUUGGAAAGUACCUGUUUCCUAUGCUCACACUGUGAAGGCUACAAUGCCCCUCUUUACGGUAGCCCUAUCAAGAAUAAUACUUCAAGAACAGCAGACAUGGAAAGUCUACUUGAGCCUUGUACCAAUAGUCGGUGGUGUAGCGAUUGCUACGUUGACAGAGCUUAGUUUCAAUAUGAUAGGCCUGAUAAGUGCAUUAGCAUCCACUAUGGCAUUUUCUUUGCAGAAUAUUUAUUCAAAAAAGGUACUGCAUGAAACAGGGAUACAUCACUUAUGGUUACUGCACAUACUUGGCCGUCUAGCUCUCUUUAUGUUUUUACCAAUUUGGGGUGUAUAUGAUCUAUAUAGUUUGAUAUAUGAACCGGUGAUGAGACCAUCGGUAGAGAUGAGUUAUUAUAUAUUAGGAUUGUUGUUUUUAGAUGGUAUAUUGAACUGGUUUCAGAACAUUAUUGCAUUUUCUGUGCUAUCUAUCGUAACUCCUUUAACAUACGCGGUAGCUAGCGCGAGCAAACGCAUAUUCGUGAUCGCAGUAACAUUACUCAUACUUGGCAAUCCAGUUACAUGGCUGAAUAUAUUUGGAAUGACUAUGGCCAUAUUUGGAGUAUUGUGUUACAAUAAUGCUAAGUAUAAUCAGAAAAUGGAGAAACAAAAGGAGACAAUUCUUCCAAAAUAUUAUAAUCCAACUCAGAAUGGUAAUAGCAGUUCCUUUAUGGUAAAUGGAUUUGCCAAUAAACAACAUCAAUCAUUUGCAAUCUAGUCUCAAUU